CAAAGACUACAAUGGAUAAACAAGCCGCCAAAGACAGAUUCAUCAAGGAAUUCGACCAAUUGGUCAAGGAAUUGCAAGAAAUCUUGACCAAUUACAAGAUGCCUCAAGAAGCCAUUGAUUGGUUUACUAAGAGUUUAGAUUAUAAUACCCCAGGAGGUAAAUUGAAUAGAGGGUUAUCAGUAAUUGAUACUUAUGCCAUUUUAAAGGGAACUACUUCAGAUAAGUUGGGUGAUGAAGAAUAUAAAAAAGCUGCACUUUUAGGAUGGUGUAUUGAGUUAUUACAAGCAUAUUUCUUAGUUGCUGACGAUAUGAUGGAUGCAUCGAAAACUAGAAGAGGUCAACCAUGUUGGUAUUUAGUUGAAGGGGUUGGAAAUAUUGCGAUCAAUGAUUCAUUCAUGUUAGAAGGAGCCAUUUAUAUUUUAUUAAAGAAGCAUUUCCGUCAAGAUAAAUAUUACGUUGAUUUAUUAGAUUUAUUCCAUGAAGUUACCUUCCAAACCGAAUUAGGUCAAUUAUUAGAUUUAGUCACUGCUGAUGAAGAACAUGUUGAUUUAGAUAAGUUCAGUUUAGAAAAACAUUCAUUCAUUGUUACUUUCAAGACUGCUUAUUAUUCAUUUUAUUUACCAGUUGCAUUAUCAAUGUUUAUGGUUGGUGUUUCAAGUGAAGAAGAUUUGAAACAAGCCCGUGAUAUUUUAAUUCCAUUAGGAGAAUAUUUCCAAAUUCAAGAUGAUUUCUUAGACUGUUUUGGUACCCCAGAACAAAUUGGUAAGAUUGGUACUGAUAUUAAAGAUAAUAAAUGUUCUUGGGUUGUUAAUAAAGCAUUAAAUAAAGUUAAUCAAGCACAACGUAAACUUUUAGAUGAAAACUAUGGUAAAAAAGAUGAUGAAUCCGAACAAAGAGUUAAAGAUUUAUUCAAAGAAUUAGAAAUCGAAAAAGAUUAUUAUCAAUAUGAAGAAUCAAUUGUUAGUGAAUUAAAACAAAAAAUUGAUCAAGUUGAUGAAUCAAGAGGUUUCAAAAAAGAAGUUUUAACUUCUUUCUUGGGUAAAGUUUAUAAACGUUCUAAAUAG